GUCAGUUGUCAGACACUCUCCGGUAGCGUAGCAGUUCUAUCCAUCAAGUGCGAGAGCAACGGCCGAGCAGCGAGUUAGAGCGUUUGAGAGAAAGAGAGUGAACGAACGGGAGCGCGUGAAUAAGCAAACAUAAAUUGCGCCCUUUUUGCACGAUUUGUCAACAUUAUGGCCGCCUCAGUGCUGCUUGCCUGCGGAUUGAAUGAGCAGAAGUUGCCCGGCUUUGUGCACAUCAGCGAGGAAUCGAAUGUGGACGGCAGCUUUCUGAUCAGCUGCAUUCUGGGACAACGUCUACGCAUCUCCAAUGCGGGUACACUGCUCAUCUGCUUGCAGCAUCAUUAUCAGCACUACUUCAAUGCUGGCAUGCGCCUUGGAUACAAUUCGAAUAUCUUUCUGGGUAAAACUCUAAAUGUCAUUGAUGUGUUGAGCGAUAUGGCCCAGCAAGGACUCGACUGCAAGUGGCUGCGGUCAUCGGAUGAAUUGACCCUUACGGAACAGCUCAUCGAAGACAUACGCACGCAGUUGGCCAACAAUUAUGCCAAUCGCACCAGUUACACCAUACUGAUUGACAAUCUGUCAAUUCUUUUCAAUUUGGGUGCCAGCAAAUUGCAUGUGCAACAAUUCUGUCAGUCUCUGGCUGCCCUGGCCAAAGAGCACGAGAAUCUGACUGUCAUCACGAAGCUAAGCAACAGCGACAUCCACCAGCUGACAGACGACAAUGUGGCCAAAUUGGGCAAUGUGCGCAUCCAGGUGCUGCGUCUCAAGAGCGGCGUCUUCCGUGAGGUCGAUGGCAAGCUGCUCAUCGAGCGAGUGCUCGACGAGGGCAGCUAUGCCUGCGAGCAGUCACGCAAGGAGGUGCUCUAUAAGGUCAACGAUCGCAAUGUCAAGAUAUUCAAUCCCGGCGAGAUUGGCGUUAAAGUUUAAGCUGCCUCCCGCGUUUUGUACGAAAAUUUAUUAAAGCCAUUUUUAUAUACACCUUAAUUAAGAA